CCUCCCGGCAGCCCCAGCCCCGGCGAGCACCCGGCCAGCCACCUCCAGCAGGGGCUCCGGAGAGCUUCCCGGCGCCCCGGGGAGGGCAGCCAAAGCCAUGGAAGCCUCCGCAGGUUGCUGAUCCGAGGCGGGCGGCUGCAGCAGCGACUGCAGAGGCGCUGCGCCAAGCGGGCCAGAGUCGUGCAAGCUGGCGGGACUGCGGAGGGCAAGCGGACUCAGGUUUUUCUGUGCCCAGGAGGAUUCAGUCACUCGUGACCAUGAGCAAGAGUGAAGAGGCACUGCUGGCUCCCAUCUCAACCUGCCCUGUGGUUCCUGUUGUGGGGAUUAGCCCUGUGUCCAGCGGCCCUACCUGGGUGCCUGGGGCAUGAUGGCUGGGAAGUAAUGCCAGCCUGGGUGAGAGCUCAGAUGACGGGUGUGGUGGAGCCUAGCACCCAACACCUCUAUGCAGACAAUACUGGCAGUGUCCAGCCCUCUGAGGAACAGGCCAUAUUCUGUGUCACAGACAGGAAACAGGCCAUCUGAGCAGUGCCUUUGUCCACUCAGGAGGCAGCCCUGCCACCGGCCAGGAAGACCAGGCUCCUGGGAGGUGCUGGUGUGGGAAGGGGGUAGUCCUGGGCCAGGGAUUCCAGGGUUUCAGCUGUAGCCCCUCAGCACCUGAUGCUGGUUGGGCCAGCAUACCUUGGUUGUGAACUGGGCAAGUCCCUUCUCUCUCAGUAGCUGAUUCCUCAUCUGUGAAAGGGGACUAAUCACAAUACUUCCUCAUAGGGUUGUUGGGAGGAGUCAGUGGCAGAAUGUACGUAAUGUGCGUGGCAUGGGCUCUGUCUUGGCGUGUGGCUGGGUAAAUGCUUCUCUCCCAGCAUGGGGGGCAGUCCAGGGCACAACAUCCUCAACCAACUCUCCUAUAACCCAGGCUACUGUCCUCAGUUCCUACUCUGGAUGUCAAAGAAAGGGAUGUGGGUCUCUGUAGCUGCCUCACAACCAGCCCACUGGCUGCUGAGAGCCCGGCCCUAUGCAUCAGAUUCUAGGAGCUUUGUGCUGAUGCCCUGUGUGCCCUCCUCCUCACAUAGCCUCAAUUCAGCCCAGCAUGGGGCCUUUCCCCUCCAAUACCCUUGAGGUCUAGGCCCCCACCCAGGAGAGCCAAUGGGCCUGAGUUCACCUACCCUCUUACCAAGAGUCUCUCCUAGCAUGGACUCUUGCUACUGGGCCACCCACUGAGAUGCCCAGUAGCAAGUAGGGAGGACUUCUGCUCCUAUCUACCCCAGCCCUCUACUGCAUUGAGCCUAAUCUACAUCUUCCUGGAACUUGAGGAAGUCAGCACGUAGAUUUGCAUGAAUGGGUAUGUGUGGCACACGGGAAUCAGGCAUGAGCAUGGGAGGGCUGGCUGCAUGUCCUGCAUUGUGGGCAGGUGCUGGGGCAUGUUCACAGGGAUGUGUGCUGCACAUCUUAGAAUUCUGGGACAUGGUACUGUUUCGUGUUCGUAUGUAUCCAUAUGUCUUUCUACAUGUGUGCUGGUAUGUUGGUCUGUCUUGUCUCCCCCUGUAGACAGGAAGCCCUGAACCACAAGCCAACUGGGAAGGUGAUGGUUGACAAGAACAGCCCAGCCUAAUUUGGGGUUCCUGGUUCUGCUCCAGGAGCCCUGCAGCCUGCAGCCUCUGCCAAGAAGGGAGGACUGAACAGCAGGGAGACAGGGGUCUGAGUGUCAGGGACCUGGGAGAAGCAGCCUGGCUUGCAAAUUAGAAGACUUGGAGCUGCACCAGAGGACAGGAGUCCCUGCUCCUGCUGUCCUUGUGAUCUUGGGCAAGAUCUGCACCCUCUCUGGAGCAUAUUCACUCAUCUGGAGGAUACUAGCCCCAGGGACACCACCCAUUCCACCCCUUACUCGGACCCGCAGCCUCAUGGCCAUGUCCCUGCCAGGGAGCAGACGGGCCUCUGCUGGAUCCCGCAGGCGCACCUCUCCACCCGUGAGCGUGCGGGAUGCCUAUGGUACCUCUUCCCUCAGCAGUAGCAGCAACUCAGGCUCCUGCAAGGGCAGCGACAGCAGCCCCACACCCAGGCGCUCCAUGAAGUACACACUGUGCAGUGACAACCAUGGCAUCAAGCCCCCCACCCCGGAGCAGUACCUGACCCCCCUGCAGCAGAAAGAGGUGUGCAUCCGGCACCUGAAGGCGCGGCUGAAGGACACACAGGACCGGCUCCAGGACCGGGACACAGAGAUCGAUGACCUGAAGACACAGCUAUCACGCAUGCAGGAGGACUGGAUUGAGGAGGAAUGCCACCGUGUGGAGGCUCAGCUAGCCCUGAAGGAAGCCCGCAAGGAAAUCAAACAGCUCAAACAGGUCAUUGACACUGUCAAAAACAACCUGAUUGACAAAGACAAGGGGCUGCAGAAAUACUUUGUGGACAUCAACAUCCAGAACAAGAAGCUAGAGACGCUGCUGCACAGCAUGGAGGUGGCCCAGAAUGGCAUGGCCAAGGAGGAGGGCACUGGGGAGUCGGCUGGUGGUUCCCCUGCCCGCUCCCUCACCCGCAGUUCCACUUAUACCAAGCUGAGUGACCCAGCUGUCUGCGGUGACCACCAGCCUGGUGAUCCCUCCGCCUCUGCUGAAGAUGGAACCGACAGUGGCUUUGUGGCUGCUGAUGACACACUAAGCCGGACUGACGCUCUAGAGGCCAGCAGCCUGCUGUCAUCAGGGGUGGACUGUGGCCCUGAGGAGGCCUCGCUGCACAGCUCCUUCAGCCUGGGUGCCCGCUUCCCUGCCAGUAACACCUAUGAGAAGCUUCUGUGUGCCACAGAAGCUGGUGUGCAGGCCAGCUGCAUGCAGGAGCGGGCCAUCCAGACAGACUUUGUGCACUACCAACCCGACCUGGACACCAUCCUGGAGAGAGUGACACAGGCCCAGGGCUGUGGGACAGUCCCUGAGGACAGGCACCCAGAGUCAGAUUCCCACCCCCCAGGGCCCAGAGACCCCAACUCAGCAGUGGUGGUGACAAUGGGUGAUGAGCUUGAGGUCCCGCAGGCCAUCACCCAUGGGCCCACUGUACACCGGCCUGGAGCCAACCCCAACCCUGGUCUGUCGGUGAGUGUGGUAUGCCCUGUGGAGGAGGAGGAGGAGGAGGUGGCCACGCCUGCGGCUACAGCUGAAAAGGAGCCCAAGAGCUACUGGAGUCGCCACUACAUCGUGGAUCUUCUGGCUGUGGUGGUGCCAGCCAUGCCCACAGUAGCCUGGCUUUGCCGCUCCCAGCGACGCCAGGGCCAGCCCAUCUACAACAUCAGCUCCCUGCUGCGGGGCUGCUGCACUGUGGCCUUGCACUCCAUCCGCAGGAUGAGCUGCCGCUCUCUAGCCCACUCAGGGCCCAGUUCAGCAAGCAGUAGCUCCCAGCUCUGAGGUGGCUGCCCCAUCCCAGACAGCGCUCUGGCAGCCUGACCACUGAUUGUAGGGACGCUGUCCUCCCCCUUCCAUAUCCCCACAGGCAUCAUCUUAUUUACUUAGUUUUGGGUUUAGAACAGUUUUCUUUCCUGGAUAUUAACAGUGUCAGGGGCUGGGAAAGACUUCCCAAAACUUCCAGAGGGAGAAGGGUAAGGAAGACUCAAGGCAGGGAAGUACACUGAUUGGACAAACCGCACAGAGACACUUCUGAGGCCCCCAACCCAGCUGCGCUGUCCACCCAGCCCUUAGACAGGGUGGGCCCUGCUCAGGAAGUCUCUGGCUGGAUUAUCUGGGGACCCUCCCCUCCCUGCUCCAUCCUGUCCAGUACCCUGCCCACUCCAUACCUUCUCUCCCAAGCCACCUUGCCCUCUGCCAGGCUUCUGAGCCAGUGUUAUGUCCUCAGAGACAGCUAUGGCAACGUGCAGAAAACUGACCCAAGCACUUUGAGCAGGGUCUGGAACCCCUGAGCCUGGAUUGGAGCUGCAGCCUCCCCCCGUUCCCCCUUGUUCCCCAGAUUCAGAAGUAGAGGCCAUAGCUGGUGGAACAGCAUGCCAGGCAUGAAGGGCUGAGGGCAGGGUGGGUUCUGUGUCUGUCUGUCCUCCCAGUUCCUCCCCAUGAUCUAUUUUCCUCUUGGCUUCUGGGUAUGUUAGAUUGCUCUUCCUUGAGAGAGAGAGCCAAGCCUGGUCAGAUGAGUGCUGUGGAGGGAGCACUCAUCCAAGCCCUGGCAUCCACUGGGAGAUCCGCCAGCAUAGGGGAGGCAGGGCUGGGAGUGUCAGGGGCCCUGCACCCUCUCCAAUGAGGCCACUUCAUCUGUCAUCCAGGGUUGUGGCUGGACUCAGGAAUCCUUGGCUGUUCUGAGAUGCCAGAGGCCAUGGCUGCCCCUGGAGUUUGCCCACCUUUCUUCAAGGGGCCUCUGGGUCAACCUCUGCCUUGCACUGUGUUCACUUUGGGGAUUGGUUCUCCCCCAUCCCAAAGACCCCUGGGAGUGGCUACUUGCUUUCUGGGAUGAGGGUCCCUAAAUCUACCUGCCUGCCUCUGGGGGAAGCAGAGAAUUCUGGCAGGAUGACUCUCAGGAUGGGGUAUGGAAGCCAUGACAUUUGUUCAGGCCAAAGCAGGGUCCCCUGGGACUUGUUUCCCAGGCAGGAACACGACAGGGCAGGAAAAGCCCUGUGGCCACCUGCUCCCAGCCCAACCCAGGUCAGCCUGGGAAGGAUCACUAUUCCUCACCUUCCCUGGGACCACAUCUGAGUCCCCCAGCAAAACUGCUGAAAUUUUAUUACCAUUAUUAGUUUACAAAGUAAACUCCUUCCUCUUCCUCCAUGGGGGUUACACCCAUCUGGGCAUCCCACCCAUUCAGCAGAGGUUAGGUCCUACAUUGGAGGAGUUGAUGAGACCUAUGUCUCAUGUACCCUCUGGCCUAGGGGCUACUCUGGUUCUCUGCCAAGGUACUUUGCCCUCAUCCUGAGGCCCCAAUGGCCACUGCCUGACUGGUGGGCUCUGCCCGUCUACUCUGUGCCCUCCCUGCAGAGGGCACCUGCAUGCACUGGGGGUGGGCAGCCAGCCCAGCCAUCUGGGCCAGAGCCCUCUCUGCGACACGCUUCGUGCCUCCAAACCUCCCCCGCCUCAGCUGGGGCCUCAGACCAGCCCUCCUUUGUGGACCACCCUGCCCUUGGCUGAACUAAACCCGAGUGCCUGGGGCCUGGCUGCAGGUGCCCCACAGGACACUGAGGUCAUGCCAUGGAUGGGGCAGGGGACCAAAGCAACCCAAAGCCAAGCCAGGACUGGUCACAGACCCAGCCUCCUGUGCCCUGUGCCCAUGGAGCUGCAUAGCAUCUCCUUAGAAAUAAAGCUUUGCUGAGAAAAUAAAUGUAUGAACUAUAUUUGACAACAUAAAAUCUAUAUAUUUUUCACCACUGGAAUUUAGUCAAGCUUUGCAACCCCACUGCUCCUGUCCGUGUCUCACUGUUUGUGGCCUUCCUAUCGUGUCCUGUGUUUUGGUGGGUGUGGGCAGUGCUGGGGUUGUUGUUCACCCUGACCCUGCUGUUAGAGAAGCCACUUGUAAGGGCUGGGCCAUGGGUGGGCCUGGGCUAUGGGCCCGAGGCCACCAGAGAAGGUGAGGGGGACCUGGCUGCUGCCCUCCACUCCUACUCUGGCCCAAGCCCUGACUGUGUGGGUCACAGGGGCCUGAGCCCAUAGCACUGAGGGGGCUCUUUUUUGUGGGUUCUAGUGGGGCCUUCAGUGGGCUCUCUUUCUUGCCAGUAGAGAAAGCAGCUCACCCCCAGGCCUAGGGCAGCCCCUGGGCUGGCAGCCUUGGCCCAGCCUCUGAGCAUACAUGUGCUCAGUAUCCUGCAUCUAUGCAAAGGGCCAGAACUGCCUGUGCAGCCCCAGGGGAGGGCAUGCAGUGGGCUGCUGGCUUGGCUAUAGCCCUGGCUAGCUGGCACACGGGGGGCUGGGAGGCCGAGGCUAGGCCUGGCCAGGACCCUCUGGAGAGUUCUCCUCCUCUGUAGCUGCCCUUUCCUUCUGCUUGAUACUUCCUCCUGCCCUCAGCUUCUGGAGCAGAAAUCUUCAGGGCCUCCCCACUCUUCAUCCUCCAGCCACAGCUGAUUAGGUCUUGAGGAACAGUGUCCCCAGGAAACCACCUUCUGAAACUGCUGGUCACUUUGGAGCCCAGUGGUUAGAGGUGGCUCUUCCUUAGUUCUGGGGCCAGGGCCACAGCAGUGCUGCUUUCCCUCUGGCCCAGGCCCAGGCAGGACUUGGGAGCUGGGCCUGGGCUUCUGCACAAAGACCUGGCCUUGAGCAGAGUUUAUGACAAAUGUUUCCUGAGGGAAUAGCUUAGCUUUUCAUUGAACACCCUUCCCAGUUGCCACUAGCACAGGAGUAUCUGACAACACUCUGGGGUGGGGGGCAGAUCACAAGGUUCCAGGGCAAAGGCCUCCCCUCCUGGGGCCCUCUGCCCAGGGAACUCUCAACUCCCUUUCUGACCCAGGAGAUGAUGCAAACGGUCACAGUGUACUCUCAUAUUUGGCCAUCCCCUUGACCAAGAAUUUAGGGGAUGUAGGAAGGAGGGAGGUGGGGAGGGGUCUUGACUCUCAUCUCCUUGUCCUUUUGUUCAGACAAAGUUGUACCUGCACCACAGAGCUCUGAAUUAAAGCAUGAACACAC